GGGAUGCCUUAAGACAUUGAAGCUGCUCACAAUUUCAAAGUGUAAAAAACAGCCAAAGCCAACUCUAUAGACAUAUAGCUGCAUUCUGUGGAAGAAGUCAGUCAGGCUACAAACAGCUAAGCCAGAAUGAAAGAAUUCACCAUCCCUGGGACAGUUCUGGCAGAAUGAAAUUACCAUCUGACGGCAUGACGUCGCUGUGGUUUUCUGGAUGCUCCAUGUAUUGAUCAGUAUACAUACAUGUAUAUAAUUCUUCACAGUUGAAGAAAAGAGUAAACUAGGCACAUGCAUAAGGCAGGACCUUACGGAAGCCAACCUCGGCAGGUGCCUCAUCAGGAGGCUGAUGUGUUGACAGUUGCCAUGCUGGGAAACUUUCCUCUUACCAGUGAGACCAUUGGAUUAAUCAGAAGGGGGUCAGAUAUUGACGUUGAGGCAAUCUUUGGUGGGAACAUCGCAGGGCGUCGACUGACUGGAGUGAAGAUUAACCCUCUGUUCCUGGAGGGUCAGUCUGAGGAGGAUGUGAGGCAGGCUCAGUCCCUGGGUAGAAACGGCUACCACACCCACGACCCUACCAUACGACUCAACGUCUAUGACCUGCGCUCUCCAGCCCACCGCCAGAACGGAAAGCGACAGACCAUUGUCAAGAUAGGCCGAAAUGAGAUCCUCAGUGUCUCCACAAGUUCUCAUGCCACAGGUGAGGGGGAGAUCAGUGUGAGUGCUGGUACAGCAGACAAUGGCCCUACCCCUGAGGCACACAUUCCCGUUCCAGAGAACAGUAUGAUUGGAGAUUCUGUACAGGAGAGCCGGGUUAGCAUACAGACAGAAGAUUCCGCAGCCUAUGUGUCUGUUGUGACAGAAACUGCCCAUGUCAGGAAAACACCACUAACCUCCCCUGAAGCUAAAGACCACAGCUCACCAUCACAACAUUCUGGGAGAAGGGCGACAACUUGCUAUGACAACCCACACACGAAAGAUGUUCGUGAAGUUGUGGUGAGCUUUUCAGAGACUGCUGACAGGCCAGUGAUGGAUAAGCCGUCUCAAGAGAUAGACUGGUCGGAAUCAGGGGAUGUGACAGAUCCUCGUCCGCCUGUACACAAAGAUUCACCUGAUGGCGUCUUGUCACAGGAUGGUCGAGUAUCUCUGGAUGGUGGUGUGUUACAGGAAGGUUGUGUGCCGGCAGAUGAGCCCAACUCACAUACAAGCUCACCUGAGGUGAAGACAUUAAAACCCAUCUUAGUGAGAUCCCAGUCGUCAUUUGACAGCGUUCUAUCAUCUGCAGGGUUGUCUCUAGCACUGGGUGAGGACACACCUGUUAAGUAUCCCCCCAAAACUGCCAGUACUAAAACUGUGAAGUUUGCUGAGGACACAAUAGACAAUGAGAACAAAACAAAACGCUACAUGAAGGAACGGAUAGACCUAAGCAAACUAAUGCUGGAAAGUCCUGCUUAUGGUAGUGUUAACCCAGUGUUCCUUGAGGAGGAGGAGGAGGAUGACGAGGAAGUGAACAAUGUCAACAACAACCAGCCAGAGUUACCUCGCUAUGAUCAGUUACCUGACUUGAAUGUGCCAUCAUACAUGCAGAAAUACCUGGUUGAUGCUCCGCCCAGCAAACCGGUCGGUGUUGAGGGCAGGCCGUAUUCCCCAUCCCACACCACUGUCAUACCUGAACAGCCUGACUCUGAGGAGUCACCAGGGGAUACGAGCCAGGAUACAGAGAUAUCAGAGGUACCUGGCUAUGAAGCUUUUGUUCUGAAAACUGCUGCUCAAGAAAGACGAAAACAGGCCAUUAAAUGGACUCUGAUUACUGUUGUUGUUGUUGCUGUUCUAAUUGUGUCGAUAGCAUUACCUGUAUAUUUCACAUCUAAAGACAGCUAGCAUGAGGUGGUGGCUCAUGCUGUUUUGACUCUGCAGUGAUAAUCCAUAGAGAUACAGAAAAGUGUUAAUUAAUUCUUCCAUGUAAUAUAUAUAUAUACUCAUCUUUUCAUAUGUUGAUUUUCCAUGCGAGUAUAAAUCUUGGAACUCUGAAGCCAUGGAUAAUCUGAAGGACUUGAGGUCUUUGAGAAGGAUCUACAUGUAGAUUUCAGCAUGGAACCAAUCAUUAGUUGUCAUGCUCUUGAUCACUUUAAGACUUGGCUAUUUCUUGAACAUGUGAAGAUAUAUAGUGUGAAAUAAUGUUCACUUCUGUAUUGUCUGAAUUUGGUGAUCAUGCUUCACUGGAAUUAAAACACUUCGGUUGUUCAGUUUGAAUGACACCAUGAAAUGUAUUUAUUUUAAUAUUUAAUUGGUGUUUUACGCUGUACUGUAGAAUAUUUCGUUUAUACGACAGCAGCUAGCAUUGUGGUGGGAGGAAAGUAGGCAGAGCCUAGGGGAACCUACGAUCAACAGCAGAUUGCUUGCAGACCUUGCUUGCUUGCGUACCUACGAACAGAGAAGCCAGCAUGAUCUUGGAGUUGCUCCUGAGUAAGUGUUACGGGCUAGCACACAAAUGUGAUUGUUGGUGUGUAGACUAUGAAUUGAGUACAGUUGAGUUCAUUCCAAAAUGAUGCAGACUGCUUCCUCAAUAUAAAUUUUAGACCGCUUUUGCUCUUUUGUAAGUUUCAGCUUUUUAUUGCUCUGGGCCUCACUGCCCGCUGCGGUCGAAUGUCUUGCAGGCCUGUGAGAAAUUGAUCCUUUAUGUGUUAAUGAAGUUUGUGGGAUGGUGUACUCAGCAAGCAUCAACUCAAAUGCAUGACUUUCAUAAAAUGUUUUCUUCAACACUGAAUGGCGGGCACUGAAUAUUUUUGCCUCUUUGUGAAUGCAGGAGGACAUCUUGAUUGGCUGAUGUCAAUCUGUGUUUGUAUUAAAGUGUCUCUGUGAAUUAUUUGCAAUUAUUCUAACUUUAUCACAGAAAUAUUCCUCAGUGUAGAGAUGGCCUGAUUAAAUUUUGAAAGCUAGUAUUUCUAGCAUGCGGUAGGGAUGUGAGUUAUGCACCAAACGAUAGAAACAGAGCCCCUUACGAAUAGUCCAUGUGGUAUGUGUUUAGAAAACCUGACGACGUAAUCGUAAAAGUGGCACCACUGAAGGUGGCUUUCCCUAGCGACAUGUGGGUGCAGGCAAGUAAUGAAUUGAAAAUGCUAAGAUGCAAAUUUUCUAACGACACGAUGGUGAAGUUUAUAGAAUUGAUCCUUAUGGAAAGGAUAUCCAACAUAUGGCAGAGUGUUGGUAUAACAUCAUGUAAAUUAAAUCCAUUGAUGCUGUGGUUAUACAUUUUACAUUUCUUAUAGUAUAUCUUGAAGCUGUGAUGAAAAUCUGCAAUGAAGAAAGAACACAACAUCUAUUCGCAUAUAUGGAACCUCCGGAAAAACGCAAGUCGCAGCCACAAAACGUGUACCAUAUAUCGCUAAUUCGUGUUUGGAAUCUUAACUUGAUCUUAUAAGACGCAGUUUUGGCAUCUGCGUUUUGUAAACACACAGUAUAGCUUAUAGCUUGAGUCCAUGAACAUGACUAGAAUUUUAUUUUUCAGAAAAUAACACAAAGCAUUUCGGAAUAUUUAUCAGACCAGAAAAAUUUCAGACCACUUUGCCAUUGGAAAAGUUUAGCCUUGGAGGUAAUACAUGUACAUCUCUUUAGUCUGCACAGUUACAUAUGUUCCUAAAAAGUUAAAAAAAAUCUUUUACGUAAAAGAUUGUUUGAAAAUCAGUAGUGUAAAGCCUCUUUUUAUUUCCUUUGUAAAUAAAC